CCUAGGGGCCUCUCCCAUGGAAUCGACUUGGCCUGGUUCAAUUUAUCAUUCAGACACUCCAACUUGCUUCUUUGGCCCUGUGGACGGACUACUGCUGCUGCCACUUAACUACUACGACGACGACGACGACGACGACGACGACUACAUGACCUUUUCGUUUGUGUUUGAAGACCUUCGCUCCGAUCCACGCAAAUCCAAAAUCCAGUAGAUACCUACCUACCUAGGCCUUGCACCUAUUUCUACAAUGUUGGCUGUGCCCCCACUGAG